AUGAUGCAUGCAAAUUUAAAUGUGCAAUAUGCUGAACUGGCAUCUGAAGUUUGUUGUGGACGUGGUAAAGUCCCAGUAGCAGAUUACAAACUUGCCAAUUAUAUUGACAAAAACGAUUUCAGUGAAUCAUCUGAUUCAAAGGUGGAAAAUCGUAGUUGUUACUCUUUUUGCAUGUGUCCAGGUGGGCAGGUUGUUCUGACAAGUACAAAUCCAUCUGAAAUAUGCAUCAAUGGCAUGUCAUUUUCCCGGCGAGCAUCUAGGUGGGCAAAUGGUGCACUCGUUGUAUCAGUUACAAAGAAUGAUUUUGAAGCUUUGAAUUAUUAUGGUCCGCUUGCUGGUGUUGAAUUUCAGAGAGAGUUUGAACGAAGAACUGCUCUAAUGGGAGGAGGAAAUUUUUGUGUGCCUGUCCAGACAGUUCCAUACUUUCUUGAGAAUAAGUUGUCAGUUACAUCUGUUCCGCCGUCAAGUUAUCGUUUGGGUUUGAAGGCAUCAAGUCUUCAUCAGCUAUUUUCGACAAACAUAACCGUAGCUUUGAAGCAUUCACUUGUAAUGUUUGAUAAAGAGUUACCAGGGUUUAUCUGCAACGAAGCUCUCCUUCAUGGUGUAGAGACUAGGACCAGUUCCCCAAUCCAAAUUCCCCGCGAUAUUGACUCUUACGAAAGCACUUCAGUAAAAGGACUAUAUCCAGUUGGUGAAGGAGCAGGUUGUGCUGGUGGUAUCGUUAGUGCCGCGGUGGAUGGAAUGAAUGCUGGUUUCGCUGUGGCAAAAAAAUGCAACUUAUUUUAUGGAGAUGUUAAGUCUGUGCUGGGCAAGGCUCAUAAUGCUGGUCUCCUGAAGUACUAG